AGACAUGUCUUUGGCGGCAGACUUUGCGUCAAGGGUCUUGCAUGCAAUCACAUCGGGGGAGAUACGUAAUGAGACUGGGAUAAAUAUCUCGAACGGAAAGGCGACCUCCAUCUCUCGGGGUACACUCCAACAUGUGUCUCAUACUCUGGAAAGGAGCAUCGCGGACGCAAAGUACCAAAUAGAAACCCAUCUUGUCUCAAACUUUGACACGCUGCGACAACGUGUAGAGGAAGCCGCGGCGGUUGAACGCGAAGCUCGUGACAUUUCCGACAUUCUGAGCACCCUUACACACCGCAUUGAGGAUCCAAAUGAUGGAUUGUGUGCUCAGCUGGAGGAAACGUUGAAGGAGCGGGAAAAUGCGACCGUUGAGCUUGAUACAAUCGAUUUGCAAAUCAGGGUUUUAAAAACUAUCAUGGAGAUCUCGGCUCGCAUGACAGAGUGCGAAGAAUCUCUCGCAGCAGCCGACUACCCGGCGGCAUUGAGAGCCGCCUCGGAAAUGGGUAGACUUGUCAGCCAACUACCGCCCUGGGAGAAUGUGGCUAUAUUCUCGCACCUUUCUGAGCGCAGUUCCAGUAUUCAAGAAGACGUGCAGGGCCGGUUGGAAUACAUCGUAUCACAGGGCAUGUCUGUUGAAAUUAUGGAUUCGAGUUCAGUGCAAAUCAAAAUCCAGCUGUCUGUUUCCGCACCUGGUCUCGGUCCGCAACCCGUCGCGUUAAGCACGGCACUGUCUGCUAUCUACGCGGAGAACUUGGAGUCACACUAUCUGAGACCCUUUCUGAGAAUGUUGUACAAGCAUGUCAUUGAUCCACUUGCGCGAGAUCCGCGAUGGUCAUUGGUAGAGCCAUCCUCGCAGGACCGAGAUGGCACGUUGACGUUGCAGGUCCAGAUGGCUCAGGCAAGCCCUUUUUUAAAAUGGACUGACUUGCCUCCAGGAUCAAUUUACAAAGGGCUAAAGCAAGUCCUUACCUUUCUUGAGCAUGCCCUCAACCAAUCAAAUAGCGAGAACUCUCGCCCAAUGUUUCGAUUAUUGGGGGAACUGUUUUGGACCCAGUUGUCGACAACCAUAAUUGCAGAAUACCUUGAACGUGCCGUUCCGGAUGAAGCGGAUGGACUUGCAGCCUUUGCAGACGUUACACGGGAAUCCGAAGCCUUUGAAGAUUGGCUCGUUGCGAACGAAUUGAUAUCUGACGGCAACAAGGUUCUGACCGAGUACUGCAAAAACUCUGAUGUACACUUUGCGAACAAGAAGCAUUUGAAAUUAAUACAAGCGGCUCGUGAGAUCAUUAUGAAAACGGACUAUUCUACGGUCAUGCUUGCAGAAUCCAAGCCACUACCUCUUCCUACGUUGAUAUCAUUACCGGAGGGUGAAGCGAAUAUGGAAUCGAUUGAGAUUGGCGAUGAAAUUGAGGAUUUAUUUUCGUUUCCCUCGUGUGCUAUCAGCACUAAAGCACAGCAGUUGCUGCAACUGGUGAUUACUACGCUUUCCGACGCUGCAAAGCUGACUCCUUACUGCGCGAAACGGAUGGUUUUGUCAACGCGGGACAUGUUUGACCUUUUUCGCGCGAUGGUUCCUGUUUAUGAUGGGUCGAAAUUGGAUUCCAUCCCGCAGCUCUCCAUGGUAUUUUACAAUGACUGCAUGUAUCUGGCCCAUGAGUGUAUGACGCUGGGAUGGCGGUACCGCGAAAUGUUGGGAGGAGGAAGUGAAAUAACGUUUAUUGAUAUGGUGGCACCAUUCCGGAGCUUGGGGGACAAGUAUUACAAUGUGCAGAUGGAAAUACAACGAAAAAACUUGCUUGACUGUAUUGAAAGUGCAGGCGGUUUUGAUGUGUUGGCUGAGAGACGGCACGAGAUUGUUGAGCGGGCAAUUAAACAAGUAUUGUACCAGUUAACCCAUCUGUCCAAGGUUUGGAAGCCUGUGCUAUCACCGUCCAUUUACCUGCUGGCCAUGGGAAGUCUCAUAGACUUUACAAUGGACCGCAUCAUCACCGAAAUCAAGUAUCUAAUCGAUAUUGCCGAAGAAGAGUCGCAUAAACUCAACCAGCUCUUGACAAAAUUCCACACUUCGAUCCUCCCCCUUCUCUCGCAUGAUUCCAUCCCAUCUGACAAAAUACCAACGCUGGCCGGUCAUUGUAUUUCUCAAUACGAAAAGUUUAUUCAGGUGACGGAUAUUCUCGACCUCUCGUUUGCGGAUAUCAUGGAUAGAUUUAGGGAUGGACGAUUGAAGGUACUUGAAAAAGAGGAGCUGACUGGAUUGGUCAAAGCGUUGUUUGCCGAUACGCCUUUGAGAGUCAAGAAUUUAGAAGAGAUUGUACGAGGGUAUCCUGAUGGGUGAUGAAUAGGCUUCAUCUAUGUAUUUAUCUGUUGCUGUCCUUUUAUUUAGUUCUGUCUGAUAUAUAUUUUGUAUUGCAUGAAGAUGAUAAUUGAUAAAGCAAAUCGGCCGAUCGCGUUGUG